UUGAGGCAGACCACGGAUCGUCACGUGUUCGAGUACUCGUAGUGUUCAGUCGCUAGUUCAAUUUAUUGGUGUUAUUUAUCAAAAUGGCACCGACUAUUAAACCUGCUUUACGGUCUCUGGAUGAAAAAAUAAACGCCAUCCAAAUGGUGAAAUCGGGCAAAACUAAGGCUUCUGUAGCCAGGCAGAUCGGAGUGCCGGAAUCAACUCUGCGAGGCUGGUGUAAGAAUCAAGUACGGAUUUUUACCCAAGCAAUUAACAACUGUGGACUUAGUACCGAUGGUAGAUUGCGACAAGAAGAAGUUUUAUCGCCCAAGAGUUAUGAAAGUUCCAGUAGUUCAUCAGAUACACACAUGUUUUCUUCCUCAAUUAGUUCACAAAGAAGCGUUUCGUAUUUUUCGGGUACGGAGGAAUUUGAAGAUCAGCCGCUAGAUUUGUCAACGAAUGCCGCUAAAUCACGCGAACCAUUUACUUUUGGUAAAAACCUUGUCCCAGAUAUACUCGGUAGCAGAGACAUCCGACGUUUAGAGAAAUGGUACAGCAGUGGAGAAGAAGCAGAUACAUCGAACGUAACCAGUAAAUUUUUUGACGAAAAUCAACCUCCGAGCUUCUUCGAUUGGUACAGAGCACCGUUCUGUACUUCAGGGAACAACAACGCCGAUCUCGCUGCCUGGCAAGAGGCUCUGGUCAGGCGAAUGUAUGCUGGUAGGCAGAAUCAACAUCAAAGCUACGAGGAGUGGUGCGAAGCUGCAUUUUCGACGUCAUCAAGUAACGCGGAUGUAACCACCACUCCAAAGGAACCUAUAAUCCAGCUAUAUAGGUAUUUUUGGAAAUGGUACGCAACUUUGCUCUCUAAUUCAAAAAUCGAUGGCGCGAACGUGUAUGACAAUAUAUCUGUGAUAAGUGAUCCCGAGGUAAAUAUUUCAAAACGUGAGGCAAUACGUCAUGGUGAACGUUUCUUAACGUGGCUGAAGGUGUGCGGUAAAGACACUGUAACUACGGAUGAGUUUUUUGCGUUGCACGACUUACUGGAACACCUAAAGAAUAAAAACAUAUUAGUUGUAAAUCAGUAGCUAUCUUAAAAAACCUGGUGCCAAAGUAUUUUAAACAUUACAAAAUAAUAAGUAUACAACAUACUGAUAAUUGUAUUUUAUUGUUCCUAUAUUAAUAGUUAGUAAUGUAUUAUAAUAUAAUUUAAUGAAACUGUUUUUUUUUGAAAUUCUAUAUUUGUACAUAAAAAAUGUUUGUAAUAUAUCUGAUAUUGUAUAUUCUUAUUUGAUAUUUUAGCAGAUAGACUGUGGAUUCAAAUAAAAAAUGU